AUGGUGCCGAUGCUAUUGCUCACGGCCUACAUGGCCGUUGCGAUGCUGACGGCGAUCUUGCUCAAUGUUGUUUAUCAAUUGUUCUUUCGGCUUUGGAAUCGAACAGAACCGCCAAUGGUCUUUCAUUGGGUCCCAUUUCUGGGUAGUACCAUCAGUUACGGGAUUGAUCCCUACAAGUUCUUCUUUGCCUGCAGAGAAAAGUAUGGCGAUAUCUUUACUUUUAUACUAUUGGGCCAAAAAACUACCGUCUACCUCGGCGUUCAAGGGAACGAGUUUAUUCUCAACGGCAAGCUCAAGGAUGUCAAUGCGGAGGAGGUCUAUAGUCCAUUGACAACUCCCGUUUUCGGAUCUGACGUGGUGUAUGAUUGUCCCAAUUCCAAGCUGAUGGAGCAGAAGAAGUUCAUCAAGUACGGCUUGACUCAGUCUGCGUUAGAGUCUCAUGUGCCACUUAUUGAGAAGGAGGUUUUGGACUACCUGCGCAAUUCGCCGAAUUUUCAAGGCUCGUCCGGCCAGGUGGAUAUCUCUGCUGCAAUGGCUGAGAUUACCAUUUUUACCGCUGCUCGAGCCCUCCAAGGCCAGGAAGUUCGUUCCAAACUCACGGCUGAGUUCGCUGACCUCUAUCAUGAUCUGGACAAGGGCUUUACUCCCAUCAAUUUCAUGCUACCCUGGGCCCCAUUGCCGCAUAACAAGAAGCGAGAUGCUGCUCAUGCGCGCAUGAGGUCAAUCUAUAUUGACAUCAUCAAUCAGCGUCGUCUUGACGGUGAAAAGGACUCUCAGAAAUCAGACAUGAUUUGGAACCUGAUGAACAGCACAUACAAAAACGGACAGCAGGUGCCUGAUAAAGAGAUUGCGCACAUGAUGAUAACCCUGUUGAUGGCUGGUCAGCAUUCGUCUUCGUCCAUCAGCGCCUGGAUUAUGCUGCGACUGGCCUCACAACCAAAAGUCCUCGAAGAGCUGUAUCAGGAGCAGCUGGCCAAUCUUGGCCCCGUCGGGCCAGACGGCAGUCUUCCUCCGCUCCAGUACAAGGAUCUUGACAAACUUCCCUUCCAUCAACAUGUUGUUCGUGAAACCUUACGACUUCAUUCCUCUAUUCACUCGCUCAUGCGCAAGGUGAAAAGCCCCUUGCCCGUUCCCGGAACCCCUUACAUGAUUCCUCCCGGUCGCGUGCUCCUUGCUUCACCUGGAGUGACAGCCCUCAGCGACGAACACUUUCCCAAUGCCGGGUGCUGGGACCCCCAUCGCUGGGAGAACCAGGCUGCUAAGGAGCAGGAGAACGACGAGGUUGUCGACUACGGUUACGGCGCCGUCUCCAAGGGCACGUCAAGUCCCUAUCUUCCGUUUGGUGCUGGCCGACACCGCUGUAUCGGCGAGAAAUUCGCAUAUGUCAACAUUGGUGUGAUUCUGGCGACCAUUGUGCGCCACCUACGACUUUUCAACGUGGAUGGAAAGAAAGGAGUACCUGAAACUGACUAUUCAUCACUCUUCUCAGGCCCCAUGAAGCCAAGCAUCAUCGGCUGGGAGAAGCGUUCUAAAGACACAUCCAAGUGA